AUGGAACAGCCCAUCAAGAACCAGGAGGGUACUGCACAGAAUAUGAAUGAGACUCCCAUUGUCGGCUCCCCUCCUCAGGACCGCAGAGCAAGUGACGCCGCCCAAGAUCGAAGAAUGAGUGACGAGUGGGACGCGUCCAAGGUCCCCCCCAGCCGUUUCCAAAAACGCAAGGGAUCCAUCUAUGCGACCCCAGGAUCUCGCGAUGGGCAUGUUGACAGAAACCACCAGGACAAGUACUGGUCCAAGAUGAGUGAGAAGAAUUGGGGUAGCAAAUAA